UUGUAUUAUGUAGUAUUUGCCAGUGUCGUUAGACUUAAUUGCAUUUUUUAAAACAGCAAAUUAAACACAGUUCAGAUAAAUAAGUACUACAAUGGCCAAUGCGGACUUUAGAAAGGAUGUAAUGCCAGUACGCCCGAGAAGCGUGUAUACAGCACAUUCUUAUAAUCAGGAGGACACAAGCCUAUCAACAUUCCAAGAUUACAGUAAAUUCCUGGAGGGUGGUCUCGGACAAGCAGAAUUAGUUGGUGCAUCGGGCUGGCAGCCUCCAUGGAGAGCUCCAUUGCAACGCAAAGCACCUUUCUACCCGGGCGAUGACAUCUUUCAUGCUGAUACGUGGCGAGAAUUGGAGGUUACCGAUGGAAUGGGAGGUGCAACCUAUAAUGUUUCCGUGACUCCGCACGGCACUGUCUGUAUGCGGUUAAGGGAUCGAGUUAAGGUGGAUAUGACCAUCGACGGGGCAGUGCGCUUGACUAACGCUAAAAAUAAUAUAAUACUUGCGUUAUCUCGUUCUGGAGCUUCAGCCGCUCUCAUCCACCCUAACGGCCGCGUCUACCAAUAUGGUUCAAGGGUCGAAAUUCAAGCGAGACACCAGCAAGGAAAUAACAAGUAUGCCAAGAUGUGGUACAAGGGAGUGUCAUUCACAGCAGAGCAAUGUGCGCUGGUGUAUUUAGUAGACGCUGCCGGAACACGCACUACAACUGACACCUUCCUCGACAUGAGUCAAGAUUUUACGCUUAACGUCUUCUACAAUGAAUCUCGCCACGGACCGUCGUACGUAAAUGAGGCGCUGUCUCUUCUCCAAGCUGUGCAGUACUGGCUCACUGAUGAUGGUACCGAUAACUGGAUCAUUAACAAUGUCCGAGUCAGCCAGACUUCGGACGGGCUGGUUAGAGUUCAUCGCUGCAGCCACAAGUAUCAGCUGCGAACUAGCCCAAGCAAUGGCUCAGCUUCUAUCACCAGCCCCUUCCUCCAUUGCACGGCUUCUCUCGGACAGACGCAGCACCUCUUCGUACGGCGCGGAGAAAGGCGUAUGCAUUUUGACGGAAACUCCUUUAUAGUUCGCAACGCUGGCCAUUCUGCCGGUUUCGACGACAAGAACCAACUCAAGGUCUAUUGAACCUUCAUUGUCGUCGUUCCCAAUACCUAUAUUAUCAUAGUAUUCAAUUUCAAUCGUUGUUUUACCAAUGUUGUACAGAACUACGCAGGCUUUUAUAUCUGCCACAUUAUAUCUAUUAUCUACGUCAUAUAGCUUUUUGGUUAGCUUGAAACUAAUGUACAAGCUGUACAAAAAUUUCGGGUAUAUAUGUUUGUAAUAUAGUUAGAUAUUAUAGUUGUUAGUAAUAACCGGUUGUCACUAGCCUAGUUGCCGAUGUAAUUUGUGUAUAUGAGCGCAUAUGUCGCACAGCAUGAGGAAUUGUAUGUCGACGAUCUUCUAAAAUUUUAUAUAUCUAACUUCGAUUUCACAAAUUAUAUAGUUUUUUUUUAAUUGGCUGAAUGUCGUCACAGUUAAGGACUAUGACUAAACUUAUUUUUCAUAUUUGAUUUGAGAAUUUGAUGAAAGUAGUUAAAAUGAAGUUUGCGUUUCUCUAGCUUAAUGUUCAAUCAUCGAAAAGUAUUUAAAAUAACCGAUGCCUUUAAACGAAUUCCCCAAUAUAUUGCUUCCACGUGCAACGCACUGGCGAGGUGUUGCGAUGUCGAUUUAUUACUGAACGUUUACUGAAGUAAUAGUUCUUCGUUAAUUAUUAUUAACAACUAUGAAUAUAUGUACAUUUAGAAAGUAUAUGCUGCCAAGACAAUUUUUACCGCCAUUUUCCAUAAAAGACUGUAAUAGUGAAUAAGACUACAGUUGUAUGUUAAGUGUUAGACUAAUCAAUGUUCCGUAACGUGUUCUAUGAUCUAUCAUUUUUAAUUUGUAUUGGUUUUUAUGAUUUUAUCACUUCAUAGUUACUAAAGAGUAUUUAUAUUAUCUAUAUGUGCAGUUGAUACUUUUUCAAAGAUUUCAUUUAAUGCGUUGUUACGUAAAGUCUGAUUUCCAAUAUUUUUAUUGGGUUUUGAAUUAAUAUAACUCGAAUCUUUUCACAACGCAUUAAAUUAAUACGAUUGCCAAAGUGUUAUUCCGAACUUGCUUAUACAUAUAUCUUUCAGUACUAAAGAUAACACUAAUUUAAAGAGAUUUCAAUCUUUUACAAUAAAUAACCACUUAAUACAAUAAACGCUUCUUGGCAGUCAA